AUGGGACGCAAGGAGAAGCAGAUUCUUCACGGUCUUUGGUUGCGUCGGGGUUGUUGUCUCAUGUAUGCAGUGGAGGCCUCAGGAGCACGGCCUGUGAACACUCAAAGGGCCCCUUACACAUUGCUAUCAUCAGACCGAUGUCAUAACAUCACACAGCGAAUGGCCAGGUUAAACAGCGGUAGCCCUGGCCUUUGCAAGGGGCAAAGGAAUGGACAGGAAGAUCUCGUCCAGUGCGAGCACCCAAUAAGACAUCCGUACGCCCUCUCGCUCCUCAAUAGGGCAAUUUCUCAAUGUGACGGAUGCUGCUACUGCACCUCGUUAAUUGGCUACCGUGGCCUUGAUUCAAACCAGGCCAUGCAGUCUCGGUCCUUUUGGGGCGUAUUCCUGCGUUACGAUCUGUCACCACCAGCUCUUCUGGGAAACCCAUUAGGCAGCCUGGAAAUUGAUAGCAAUCUGUUUAUCAGAUGA